AACUUUCAACUAUUUUUUUUACUCCUCCCACGGGUUGUGCCCCUCGUGUUGUGCGCAUUCAUUUCCCGUAGCUCACUGCCGCACUUGUCAGUCGCUACACUUUUCAUUAAAUCAUUUACAUUAAAUCACAGCAUCUACGUGGAAGAAGCAGCCGAACAUUUCUCCUACAGGAAUGGAAGUCAUCUGAACGAGAUCGUGAAGGAGGCCUCGCCAUUGAAAAUAAGAACACAUGACCCUGAGUGCACCAGACAGAGUGAGCGCCAACUGGCACGAGGAAGGAGAGUGCAGAGCGUUAGAGAGAGGCUUGAUAAGACGGCGGCGGAGGCUUUACACCAGUGGGAGUGUGGAGUCACGUAUGCUGUGCUGGGAUGGUGCGUCGUGGGCCUUGGAGCUGCAGAAGCCCACUGUGGAAGCGAAGGGGCAGUAUGGUAGCUGGCUUGAUGGCGCUGCUCUGCAGCCUGUCCGUUCUCUUCCUGGAUACCAUCGAGACCUGGUCUGUUGCCCUAGGUAGGAAUAAUGUGGCCGUAGGGCCGUGGGUAGGGCAUCCCUACGGCACUGUGAAGAGCCCCCCUGACGAUUACCCCCUCAUGCCCAGCCCGCUUGUCUGCCAGCGCGCCAAGCCCUUCCUCAUCACCAUGGUCAUCAGCGCACCCCAUCACCAACAGGCGCGACAGGCCAUCCGGGAUUCUUGGGGGGGCGAGACCCAGGUAAGGGGUCGGCGGGUCAUGACCUUAUUCAUGGUGGGCCAGACCAAUGACCCAGUACUCUCCCAGCGGCUUGAGGAAGAGGCCCAGGAUCACAGAGACAUUAUCCAAGGUCCAUUCCUGGACACAUACUCCAACCUGACUCUCAAAACCCUCUCCAUGCUCAGCUGGGUCCGGCGCUUCUGUGAGCAGGCGCCUUAUGUCGCCAAGGUGGACGACGAUGUCCUGUUCAACCCUGGCACCCUGCUGCGCUAUCUGAACAAGAGCCAUAGUGCGGAGAGUGACCUGUACCUGGGCCGCGUUCACAUGCGUGUGGCUCCCAAGCGUAACCCCACCAGCAGGCACUACCUGCCUGCCGCAGCCUACACCCCAGAGGUCUUCCCUGACUACUGCAGCGGAACUGCAUAUAUUCUGUCCCGCUCUGCCGCCAGAAAGAUUUCCCAGGUUAGCGACGCCUCCCCCAUACCCUUGCCCCUGCCCCCAGAGGACGUCUUUAUGGGGCUGUCUGCUAUGGGGGCCGGCAUCGUCCCGUCCCACUGUCCCCUGUUUUCCGGUGGCCCCGGUGUGCCAUACAGCCGCUGCUGCUACCAGGCCAUGAUAUCCGUGCAUCACACUCCCCCCAGAGAGAUGGUUGCCUUAUGGACUGAGGUUCAAUCCCCUCCUCCUUGUUCUUGGCUUAGUCUGAAGGCAUCUUUGGGCAUCUGCAAGAUCAGAGCCUUUGUUAACGAUCUGAUAUGGGAAGGCGAGGAAUGACCCUGGGAUGACCGUGACAAGAGGGAUCGGUGGGAAAGGGGAGCUAUGGAAGCAGACAUGAAAAAUAAAGGAGAAAACACAUUUACACAGGAAAUCAGCAACAUUCACAGAACACCACGUUGUGUGCAGACUUGUUUGCAUUUUGCAUUCCUUAUAUUUUUUGUUACUCGCAAAGUGCAUGAUGUGUUAAAACACCCUUUGUAGGCUUGACACAUGCAUCAAAAUGCAUCUGUGAACUCGGGUUCCUCGACGCCUGCUUCAUUAUUAUCUGCGGAGGGUGUUUUCACAAUUGGUCCCUUUCCGUCCUCAAAAUGGAAUCGGUAUGUUUUGCACAAAUGUGAAUCCUGCAAACAAACUCAGACCCGUCGGAAACACUCCAGGUUCACUUCGCCUUUUGCCGUCAUAUUUUAGCCUUCUAGGCUUGUGGUUGACAGACCACAUGCUAUCAUACUGGGAUGCUCGACAAAUAACCAUGGCUGCUAGUAAAAAAAAGUGUGAACAGAAAGAGGGCCAGUAAUAAAACAGUCCUUUUUCAAAUGAUCUUGCGGUGAAGGCGAAGAGUUCCUUUCUUGUUGUUCCACUUUAAGAGGACUGAGUUUGGUUAGUUUAAAAAAGGGUAUAAGUGCACUGAACCAAGUCUGUUCAAAAGAUUUGAAAAUGACCGAAUGAAAUGCUGUCUGGGUGCAUUGUCCAAGUCUAAUGGUACAUCUUGUAUUCUGGAAUCCAGGAGGAGAAUCGGGCUUAAUAUUGAUGUUAGGUGUCAUUUGAAGAAACCUAAUCUGGACUUUAAAACAGGUUGACUGAAGACAGUUAAGAACUCAGUGAGGUUACCCGAUGAGGAGGAUUCAUUAUGUUUAUUUGUUAAGGCCUGAUGAGGUAGCUUUGUGGUCCUGAUAGUGCUGGGCGGUAUGACCAAAAAUAUGUAUCUUGGUAUUUCUUUAGAUUCUGGCGAUUUUGUGGUGUACCACGGUAUUCAUUUUUUUCAAAUUCACCCUUAUCGUGACAGCGGCUGUUUACAGGAAUAAAAUUUGUUUACGGAUGUUUUUUAAAAGGUGAAAAAUCAUGUACAUUUAGCUUGUUAACAUAACCGACAUGUUUCAUAAAACUAUUAAUGUAUAUUCAGCUCGACACAGACAUGUUUUAUUGAGUAUUACUAUAAUUUACUUUGGUAACAUGCUUAUUUAACUGGCAUGAUUUUAGUAAUUAUUACCAUCAUAAAUCGAUAGUAUUCGGCAUUUUGCUUUAUGGAUAUGCAUUUAAUUGCAGACCCAAUUAAAGGCUAUUACAUGUAAUCCAAAAUUUCAGACACAGGCUGUAAAUGCUAUAGUGCUUAAUAGUUAUACAUGGUGAAUUGUUGUAGCGUUGUUACUUUUGAUUAUAUCAAUCAUUAAGUAAUCUACCAAUUAAUUUGAUGAUUCGAGUAUUCAUUUAUAUGCAAUGUUAUUUAACAUGUAUACAUAAUUGCAACUGGCACAAAUAUUUCAUAUAUAAUACGGUAAAUCUAGGCAUCCCACUUAAUGUUUUUGGACAGUAUUUGCCUGCUGGGUUUAAACCAUGAAUAAGUUGCGCUAAAACAUUUUUAGUCAUAGGAAACCAAAUUUGGAUUGUGUUGCAAAGUGUUGCCGUUCUAAUGAUAAUCCCUUUUCUGCAUUAUGUAGUAUACGUUUAAAACAAUCAGCCUAAUGUUUACCAGAGCUGCUUUUGCAUGAGCAUUGUAUGCAACCUCCGAGACAACAUAAUCAUUUUCGUCCUUGUUGUUGGACUGGUUCGUAAGAUUGCGUGGCGCUUUUGUGAGAAAUUAAAGAAUGGGAGGAGAAAAGUGAGCAGGAACUGGCCACAAAAAGACAUUCAAAUACUGCAGAACAUGUCAGCGCCACCAGCUUGUUUGACAGAUUCUGUUGGUAGAUGAUAAAUUCUAUUUGACUAUUAGAUAUUUCAAUAUGAUUUUUCUCUAGAAUCGUUCAAUCCUACUCAAACCACAGUAAGACCUUAACAAAAAAUAAUUAAAAUUAACUGGUUAUGUGGGGCGGCAUGGUAGUGCAGUGUUGCCUCACACCUCUGGGACCCGGGUUUGAGUCUCCGCCUGGGUCAUGUGUGUGUGGAGUUUGCAUGUUCUUCCCAUGUCGUUGUGGGGUGUGCCCUGCCUCGUGCCCAUUGCUUCCGGGAUAGGCUCUGGACUCCCCAUGGAAUGAUGGGGCUAACCUUCAUUUUAGCAGCGAAUGUUCUGUCACAGGAAUCAUAACAAUCAAAAAUAUGAGUCGGUGAUGAGAAAGACAGGCUAGGCUACUUUGAGGGGCUAGGAUGUAUGUAUGGCUAAAUUCAGAUUGUCAAACCUGAAUGUCUUCUUUUAAGAUGCAUUUGCAUUGAAGUUCUGCUGU